AUGGCCGGCAGAAUGGUCAAGCUGCUCGCGCUGCUGGUUGGCGUCUUGGGCCUGGCGCUGGCACAGACGCAGACGCAGACGCAGACACAGACACAGACACAGACACAGACACAGAACCCGGCCACGACCACGAACGCAAGCACGGCGGUUGACGCGACGCGGACCAUGGGCAAGGUCAUGGACAAGGCGUCGACGUCGGCCAUUUCGUCGGCGGAUGCGACGACGACUGCUGGCGGGGACGACGAGACGGCCAAGACGACGGCGUCGGAGGAGACGGCCAGCGACGUGACGACGAGGACGGGCGGCAAUUCCACCACGACGACUUCGCACUACACGAGGGAGAAGCCGGGCCCGCCGACGACGACGAUCCCCAACCCGCUGCGCAAUGCUGGGCGGAGGCCGUCGCAGCAGCCGGGGCUGGGCAAGCUCUCCGUCGUGGUUGGGCUGGUGACGUACGGGCUGAUUGUGAUGUGA